ACUACUUUGAGCUUUUGAAAGCGACUGUGGAAGAACGUGAUGACUACCUCGUCGAAAAGUAUCCCGGAGAACGGUUGGGAUACCCAUUGUCAUGUCUUCGAUCCUAUCCGUCAUCCGUACAUUUCCAACACACCUUAUCGCCCUCCUGCACGUACCGUCAAUGACCUACAAAACGCCUCUCUCACUCGAAACGUGGUCAUAGUCAUGGCUCUCCCCGAAGGUACCAACCCUGCCCAUACUGUAGAAGCGAUCGCCGCGUUCAAGGCAGCCGGAAGGGAUGCUAGGGGGACGGUCGUAUUGGAUUUGCAUCAGAUGGAUGUGGAUAACCUCAAAGCUUUGGAUGCUGCAGGGAUCCGGUCCGUUCGACUUCAUCAAACUCGCUUAGGUGAAGGAGGUGAUCUGGGGGGAAUGAUGGCGGCUAUGUGUGAUAAGUUUGCUAUUGCAGGAGUGAAAUGGAGUUUGGACGCUCAAUUGAGUCUUGCUACUUGGGUACGAUUAUCACCUGUCCUACGUAACCUUCAUAACAAAUACGGGACGGUAUUCGUCAUUGACCACAUGGCAUGUUGUCAUCCUUCCGAUGUCGACUCCCCCGACUUUUCGCACCUGCUCGAUUUAUUACGAGAGGGUGUGGUGUAUAUCAAGAUCUCCGCUAUGGAUAGAUAUCGUGCCGACGGUCCAGUGGAAGCUUUCGAAUCUCUCAUUAGACAAUUGGUGGAAACGCGUUGGGGAGAAGGAUUGUUGUUUGGAAGCGAUUGGCCGCAUACGGUGACAGAAGGUGAAGUGGAAGACCUGCCAAAGGUGGAUCUUGGACCUCAUAUACGUCUAAUCAAAAGUGUUUGUGACAGUGUGGGUCAAGGUCUUUGGGAAAAGGUUUGGCAAAGUAAUGCUGCAGAUUUGUACAAAUGAUCGAGGAUGCAUCUCGUUUACAAGCC